AUGGCCUUUAAAGAAGUAUGUCGUCGAAGCAAUUUAUUCCGUCCCUGGGAUUCGUCGGUUGCCAACCAUAUUAAUGGUACACAACUUUCAACAACAACAUUACCACCAUCUGACUUAUCAUCGACACCAGCAAUAAGCAAAUCUACAGUCAAAUAUGAAACAAAUUUAAAACUCAAUUUAUUUAAAAAAGAUAUAAAUAAGAAAUUACAUGAUAUUUAUUCGCCAAUCAAAGAUUCAUCACUCAGUGAUAUCAACAAAACUCAUCCUAAUAUUUGUCCACCGAUACAGACAAUACCUCAAUGGCCUCAAAAUAUUCAUACAUCAGCAGCACAUUUACCAAUGAUUGCUAAACAUAAUCAUCAUAUGCUACACCAUCAUCCAUCUCUACCAUUUGGUGAUCCUAUGUUUUAUGAACAACCGUUUCUAAAUGUAACGCCAUUUCCAGAACAAGGAUUGUCUAACACAGCAUCCAAUGCCAUAAGCAGACAAUGGAGACAAUUGCAAAACCAUAAAAAACAAAGACCUAAACGAUUUCAAUGUCCACACUGUAGGGUCUCCUUCUCUAAUAAUGGUCAGCUCAAGGGUCACAUCAGAAUACAUACCGGUGAGCGUCCAUUUGCUUGCGAUCACCCAAACUGUGGCAAAACUUUUACCCGAAAUGAAGAGUUGACGCGUCAUAAGCGCAUUCACACCGGUUUGAGGCCUUUCUCUUGUAGUGUUUGUGGCAAAAGAUUUGGUCGUAAAGAUCACCUAAAAAAACACGUUAAGACUCACCAAAGGACACCAUCGGUUCCCAUUCAUAUACCACUUCCAGUGUCAAUGCCUUUUCAUUUCUUUGGUUCAGUUAAUGGAUGGGUUCCUCAUUUGUGA